UAACAGGCCACAGGGUGGCAGUAUAGCAACACACGGUUGUGACGAAGCAGCACUGCAGCAGCUCAACCGACGAAGAAGAAAAUAAGGGAAAACAGGAUAUAAUCGGAAUAUUCCUCAACAAAGAAAAUGGACACUCGCUUCACUCGUGGGAAGUCCAGUAUCUUAGAGCGACCGCUGACACGACCCAAGACUGAGGUGAGUGUGAGCGCCUUCGCCCUCCUGUUCUCAGAGAUGGUCCAGUACUGUCAGAGCCGCGUCUACUCCGUGUCGGAGCUGCAGACACGUCUGGCAGAAAUGGGCCACAGUGUCGGAGCCAGCAUGCUGGACGUCCUGGUGCUGAGGGAGAAGAACGGGAAGAGGGAGACCAAAGUCCUGAACAUGCUGCUCUUCAUCAAGGUCAACGUGUGGAAGUCCUUGUUCGGGAAGGAGGCUGACAAACUGGAGCAGGCCAACGACGACGACAAGACCUAUUACAUCAUCGAGAAAGAACCGCUCAUCAACGCCUACAUAUCUGUGCCCAGGGAAAACAGCAGCUUGAACUGUGCUGCGUUCACCGCUGGCAUCGUGGAAGCCAUCCUCACACACAGCGGCUUUCCUGCCAAAGUCACUGCUCACUGGCACAAAGGCACCACCCUCAUGAUUAAGUUCAAUGACUCAGUCAUCACCAGGGACAAGGCGUUGGAUGGACGAUAAAAAAAAAGACUGGCUGCUGUGGUGGAGCCACGCAGGACUGUGAAUCCUCCAUGUUGUAGGUCAUGAAGAGUGACUGGAACUGUUGGCUGUGCUGUUGAACUCACGAACAGAUAGAACUGAGUCCAACUUUCAUGAUGUGUGGAUUGUUCUUUUUGGUUUCAUAUAAUAACAACAUAAAGACGUUUUAUUUCCAGCAGUAAGUUGUUUCCUGUUUCACCACCAGGUGGCGUGUUUUCCACUUCUACGUGACAUCAAAAUGACAUCCCUGAAACUGUAAAACUCACGAACCUUGAAGACGUUUCACAAACACGUGACAAUAAUAGUUCUGGACCUCAGUAAACCACAUUACCAACUUAAAUGUAGUUAAAAAGUUAAUUUUCUUCUUAUUGUUGAUCUGUGGAUUUAAAUAAAAGUGUUCAAAGUCAAA